UACGAGAACAAAGGAGUGCAUGUUUUAAUAUGGUUAUAUUUCAAUGCGUUCAGCAGAAAAAGCUGCUUACUCAGCGCUUAGUAAUUAAUAGAAAAAUAUAGUUAUCUUACUCUAACUUAUUGCACUAGUUUAGCAGUGCAGCUAAAAAGAACAGACCAUUUGUUCUUUUACUACGUGAGAUCCCCAAAAUCAAAUCAGAUUUGCAUGGUACUUCUAUAGACCAAUAAGUUUAUGCUUACGUUUAUAAUUACAGCGAAUUGUAUUCAUAGAUUAUUGUUGUUGCUGUAUCGCCGUAAGUAGACAGAGGCAGUUACACGAAGAAAAAGUGUCAGUUACCUACAAUUAAAACAGAAUAGAACUAUAUAUGCGAAAAACAUAAUAUGAUAAAGUAGUCGAAAUGAAGGGAAAUUGCGUUAUUUACAAUGUAUUAUUCAUUUUAAUACCGAUUACGUAUGCACAUGAUUUUCGGAAUUUCGACGACACGAUUCUAUUCAAAAUAAAUUGGCCAGGAAAGGGCAACGCAGAGUUGUUAGAGUCUCACUCAAACAUAGAACCAUAUUUUAUAACCACAGCAAAUAAUGAGCGAUAUAAGUGCAUAAUUCCAGAUACAAUAGAACAAGAACAUGGUUACAGUGAAUCCUACAUUGGGCCAAACCCAAUACAACUUUUGCAACCGAUAUUUGCACAAAACAGUUGUUCUUACAGACUGGAGUCAUAUUGGACUUAUGAAUUGUGCCAUGGUCGAUAUGUAAGGCAAUAUCAUGAAGACAGAGAAGGAAAAAAAAUCAAAAUGCAAGAAUAUUUUCUUGGUACCCUAGAUAAAGCACAAAAGAUGAAGCUUUCUACUACUUAUGAUGAACAAGCAAAGAAUCUUAAUAGAAAACUAAAUGUACCAAUUAAGAAAAUUGAUGGAAUUAAUAUACCUUAUGUUGAAGUUGAAAUGACUGAUGGAACACUUUGUGACUUGAAUAAUAAACCAAGAAGUAUCAAAGUAUUAUAUAUCUGUUACAAGCAUGGGAAACAUGAUGUAUAUUCAUUAAAAGAAACUGUAUCUUGUGAGUAUGAGGCAAUAGUACUAUCACCAGUACUUUGUGCUCAUCCAGAUUAUAAGCCUCAAGACACAGAUGAAAAUGAAAUUACGUGCUUACCUGUUGAUAAUGCACCAAAGAAGCCAAAAUCGCUUAUGUCAAUGGAGUUAGAAAGUCUAAAAAUGCGACAUCAGCAAACAAGGGAUGAGAAGCAGCAGAAAGUGUAUGCAAUUAUCCGUUUAGAUAAGGAGGGCCAGGAUGGUGAGCCAAGAGUAAGAGUCGAGAUACGUCCAUUGGAUGUUACAGAUAAGCAUGGUAAUAUUGAUGAAUCCAUCAAUGCAUUAACUGAUCAAAGUAUUAGUCCCGCCGAAGUUAGUCCCGUACAGAAUUUCCUCAGCGGAAAAAAUUGCCUGCACGGGGGUAAUGGCUGGUGGAAAUAUGAGUUUUGCUAUGGGCGUUCUGUUGUCCAAUACCACAUAGAAAAAGAUGGUACAAAGACAAUUGUUAAUCUUGGUAAAUUUGACAAAGAAAAGCAUUUGGAAUGGAUAACAACGCAUCCACACAAAAAGCCCAAGUCGCCAGAGUUAAGGAAACAUCUCUCACACUUUUACAGCGAUGGAAGUACUUGUGAUAAAACUGCAACUCCUAGACAGACUGAAGUAAAACUAAAAUGCGUGGAGCAACAUACUAGCGUAAGCCCAUCUAGUGUAUCAUUAUUUUUGUUGGAACCAAAAACCUGUGAAUACGUUCUAGGAGUUGAAUCACCAUUGAUCUGUGAUAUAUUGGAAUAUGCCGAUGAAAAUGGACUUUUAAGCGAAAAAUUCGAAGCAAAUUUUGACAAAUUAAAAUCUACAUCUUCACACGUGGAACAAGACAAUUUAGAUGAACGAAUAAUAGUUCAUGAGGAAGAUUAGAGCACAAUACAUUCCUUUUUUAAUUUAUUAAAAAUUAUUGAAGUUGUGUGUUAUUAAUUGUUUAAUAUAUUAUCUAUACAAACCUUCAUACAUCAUUUAUUCACACGUUAUUUAUUGAAUAGAGAAAUUGUAUAGGAUCAAUUCAAAUGAGUUACAUUAAGCUUACAAAUAAGAUCAGCUUUGGAUAUUAAAUAUUGCUAUAAAACAGUUUAUAUCGUAUGUAAACUAUCUAAUAUUGUAAAUAAUGAAGUUUCUAUAGACAGAAUAUUUUAUCAGGCGGAACUUUUAGAGAAUUUCCCUGUUUUUAGUGGUUAUUUUUAAGAUUCAUACAUUAGAUUCGCAACAUAAUUUUCUAUUAAAUAAAAAAUAUAUAUAUUACAGUAAAUGUUACAAAAUUCGAUGCAAUGUUGAAUAGAACAAAAUAACUCAAGAAUGAUUAUGAAAUGUCUGAUAAAGAUAUUGAUUUUUAUAUUGCACAGAUGUAACUGCACAAAAUAUUUCUACAAUUUGAGUACAAGUGACCAAAUGAUGAUUAUCAGAUUGUUAUUGGAUAAAUAUGCUAAUUAUAUAAAUAUAGCAGGAUUCAUUUUUUAUUUCUUUAUUUUAUCAUCGUUACUAAUUAAAGUAAUAAACAUCUCUUUCUUUCCAUUCACUAUUUUAUAUACUAUGCAUAUUAUAUCCACAGUCAUGAAAUCAUAUUAAAAAUUUCAAUAGUUUAUUCUGGUUUAGUUUAUUUGUCCGAAUACAAAUUCAACGCCGCGCCAGGGCUGCUAUCCCAUACAACUGUCUUGACGAUUGUAAUAAUUAUAAAAUAGCA